UAUAUUUUACAUUUAUUAAGUAAACGUAAUUGGAUCAAAAAGUAAUAAAGGAUAAAUAAAGGAUCUACAAGUGAAAACUGUACAACAAUUAACAUGAUUUUACCUCCCUUUUAAAUAAUUUGUAAACGGUGCAUUUUUAAAACGAAGCUCUUAUAAAUGUACAUUGGUAGACGACAUGAUAAGCGAGUGUUUUAAAUGGCCUUCAUUUCAGGCACUUAUCUCGUGCUAUAAGCUGGACCCUGAACUUGUUUACAAAUUUGAUGGAUCGACUUAAAAUAUCAAACAAGAAUGUUCAAUUCAAUAAACACGACGUGUCCCUAUACAAAUUGGGUCCCGACUGCAAGGAAGUUAUGUGCUGACCCCAAUAGAUAUCAUUGUUUAAACGAUGAAUUUGGUCGAUCUGGCUGGAUAUGCGCGGAUCCAAUAUGGGUGGAAGCUGGUCGGUGCCCGGAAUUUAACACUGUCGCAAACAAAUUAGAUACAGUUCGAUGUGCUGGAGAAAACUGUCCAGAUGUAGUUUUCCAGUCUUCAUUUGUUCAUAUGUAUUUGGACUGUAGGGAAUAUGGCAAUGAGAGAUGGAGUACGACAACACUUCCUUCUGUGGACCAUACAACCGAUGCUUCUAGUAACGCUGCCUCUGUUGGUAUAACAAUUGGCAUCAUCAUUGCUGUGGUACUUGUGAGCAUCAUCGCUGUUGUUCUGCUAUGUAUUCUUUUAAAAAGGAGACGAAAGAACAAAAACGAAAAGGACCCAGAAGAAGGCAUAGCAAUGCUGGAUACACCUGAACCAGAUGAUGAAAGGUCAUUUUCUCGAGCACAAAGAGCUCUUCGUACAGAAAGAUUUGUCGUCAUAACAGGAAUACAAGGAGCUGGAAAAACAUAUCUAGCUAAAAGACUCUGCGAUGAAUGGUUAACAGAGGAAAAAUGUGUUUGGGUAACUGAUCCGAAUGCUUUCACUGUACUUUCAAAUUUUGAAAGCCCAUUUGUUCUUGAUGAUUUAUUCCAUGAACUAAUGUCAGAAGACAAGGUUAGAGAAAUAAAAGAAAAGAUUGAUUCCUUGUAUGAAAAUGUUGUGGCAAAACGUAAUGGGAGAAUAAUACUCACAAUUACAAGUUUAAUUUUUCGAAGAAACAGAUCUAUUUUUGAGGAGAGGAAAUAUACAAAUAUAAUUAAUCUCGAUAACCUCUCUUUACUGGAUCGAGAAGAAAUACUUCAGUUUCAUUUGAACACGAAUAAAAUUGCAAAACAAAACUCAACAAAGCAGAAUCCAUCAGUCUUAUUAAAAGAUCAGGAUUUUAAAUUAAUGGUUGAAUUCAACAUUCCUGGUAGCUUUGAAACCUUAGUGGAAAAAGGCAUCGGAUAUACAGCAGUUAUAGCAUUGUAUUGUAAACUCUAUGGUCAAAAGGAGUUCCGUGACCAAUGUGGAAGAUUUAUGAAAACUCCCAUGUCGUGGUUGCGACAAUAUCUGAGAGAUAUGCUUGAUGAAAUGAACUUAGAUAGAAAAAUGGAAGCUAUUGCUCUUUCUUUACUUGCUCUCCAUGGUGGAAAGCUGACGUUUAGCAAUUUGAAUACGGCAAUGGUUGAAAAAUUAACGGGACUUGAAAACGUGAAUUCAAAUUGGAAAGAGAAUUUACAGCAAACAUUUAAUAAUCUGAGAAGUACGUUUGUCGAUGAAAAUGAAGGUUUAUAUUCAUUUCAAGUUCCAAUUGUCAUGAAAGUUCUACUCAGAAUUAUUUGUGAAAAAGAGAGUGAACUUCUACAGUUCUGUGAUGAAGAUUUAUGUGAACGCCGAGUUUGUCGAUCCUCUUCAUUUCCAAGUGAUUUUAAAGGAAACUAUCAAAAAUCAUUUUUCAAACAUCCAUAAAUGUGAUUUUCUCUGUUAUUGCUUGAUAUGUUUUCUGGAUAUAUAAGAAUAAUAAAAAUAACUGAGUUUUUUUAAAAUAACGUU